UUUUCAGUGAAAAGCACAAUUUCAUUCAUAAGACGUGCACCGCUGCUGCGGAACGAAUUAAAGUAAAAAUGGAUCGCAAACUGCAUAGUGCUAUACAUCAUCCAACUCUACGACUGCUGCAGGAGUCUGGCUGUGAAAUACUGCCACAUAACUUGAUGUAUCCUGUCUUCAUAAUCAGCAACGACGAUGAAGUGCAACCCAUUGCAAGCAUGCCAGGCAUUUCGCGAUACGGGCUAAACCGAUUACGCGAGCACUUGGAGCCGCUAGUCAAAAAAGGUUUGACCUCUGUGUUGCUCUUUGGCGUGGUGGGAACUGAGCACAAGGACGAUCAAGCGACAAACGCUGACUCGAGUGUGAAUCCCGUGGUGUUGGCAUUACCCAAGCUACGAGAAUGGUUUCCCACUCUGCUGCUUGCAUGUGACGUGUGCAUCUGUCCGUAUUCGUCACAUGGCCAUUGCGGUCUGCUGGGCGACAAUGGCUUGGAGAACGAGCCGAGUAUAAAGCGCAUAGCGGAAAUAUCCGUGGCAUAUGGUAAGGCUGGUGCACAUGUCGUCGCCCCAUCUGACAUGAUGGACAACCGGGUGCGGGCCAUUAAGCAGGCUUUAGUGGACGCUGGACUCACCAGCGUUUCACUGCUGGCCUACUCGGCCAAGUUUGCCUCAAACUUCUACGGUCCCUUCAGGGAAGCAGCAAAGUCGGCGCCCGCCUUCGGAGAUCGUCGUUGCUAUCAGCUGCCCAGCGGGUCUCGGAACCUGGCCAUGCGGGCGGUACAGCGCGAUGUUAGUGAAGGCGCCGACAUGCUGAUGGUUAAGCCUGGCAUGCCGUACUUGGACAUAUUACGUCAGACCAAAGACACCUAUCCAUACCAUACCCUGUACGUCUAUCAGGUAUCUGGGGAGUAUGCCAUGCUCUGCCACGCAGCGAAGGCGGGCGCCUUCCCGCUCCGUGAUGCUGUGCUGGAGGCAAUGAAGGGCUUCAGGCGUGCAGGCGCCGAUUGUAUUAUAACCUAUUUCACUCCCUACAUGCUGGACAUAAUCAGCAACUCCGCUUAAGUUGAGAUGAGGCUGCCCCAGAAUAAAUCUCCCUCUAUAUCAAGUGUACUUAAAUGGGAUCAGGAAAUUAUCUAGUUCUUAAGACGAAAGCGUGCAAAUAUUAGUAAUAAUCACAAUUUUAAGACUCAAUUUCUGUUUAAACUUCAGUUUUAGCUAAUCAUGAUGACAAAUUCAGUACCUUAUUCAUUGCUAUACAUAUGUACAUAGACAAUAAGCGAUAUUGUAUACUAUUCGUUUGCCAUUCAACAUUCAAUAUGCUUAUCAGUCAGGCAUAUUUGGAAGGCAAAUGCAAACCAACCCCAUUACGCGGCGUCGAGUGUUCCAACUUUGGCAUUUCAAUUCACCUUAGCGCACAAUCAGCCUGACACGUUCCCUAACUAAAUGAUGAAAUAUAUUCUUACUACAGUGAGUGCUCACAAGUUCGACAUUGCGAUUCACAAACUACGCAUUAAGCUUUACUUUUGAUAAACGUUUUUAUUCAUAUUUGUUUUUAAACACUUUGAAGUUUAUAAAUAAUAAUUUUAUAUUUAUUUAGCAUGUGAAUUAAAUUGAUAUUCAAAAAUGUGUAAUACUAUUUAUGUUUUGGAAAUUGUGACAAAUUGUCAAUGUAUACGGAACAGCUUUAUAUUUAGCGAGUGACCACUGUGCUGGUCGUCAACCGGUUAAUGUGAAUGAAAUUUGAUUUGUCUUUUGGAUUGAAAGCAUGUGAAUUGCGUACUUAAAUAGUUUCGCUUUCACUCUAAUGAAAUAUACAAAUAUGUUUUUGUUUU